CUUUCUUCCCUCCCACCUCUCAUCUCUCUCUCUCUCUUUCGUUUUCCUCCUUAAGGCAAAACAAACAGCACUUACCUAAUUCCCAGUAUGUGUAAUAUUCCACUGCGCCAUCUUCCCCAUCCCUCAUAAGCCACCUGUCUGGACAAUGAUAAGCCCAACCAACAUUAUGCUUGCUUACACAUGUCUUUCCCCCCUGCCUUACGCCCUCGCUGCGUGCUUCUCGCCCGUGACCCGCUCUACUCUCCUUCCCUCCUAGCUUGCUUGCAGUCACCCUGCUUCUCAUCCUUUUCUUCUCGGUCACUUCGUCCAGCGAGCUAACCUUCCAAAGCUUCCGUGGUGACCAAUUGCAGUCGAUUCAUCAAGUCCAUCUCUUUGUGACUGGACAUCCCCUUCGCAGUUCUACUGCCAUUUCUUGCGAUCCUCUAGGCGACGAAGCCCCUUAUAUCCCUUGGUCAGGGCCCCUUUCAGCGCUCCCCAAGUUCAGAGAUGUCUCCCACCCCGGUUUCCGCGGCCCCUGCCGGCCAAACGCUCGAGAAGAAGCCUGUCAAGUUUAGCAAUCUGUUGCUCGGUGCUGGUUUGAACUUGUUCGAGGUCACAACCUUGGGACAGCCGCUGGAGGUGAUCAAGACAACCAUGGCCGCAAAUCGAGGCGACAGCUUCGCCGGUGCUAUGGGUCGGAUUUGGGGUCGUGGCGGGAUGCUCGGUUAUUAUCAAGGCCUCAUUCCGUGGGCCUGGAUUGAGGCCUCUACUAAAGGUGCUGUCCUGCUUUUCGUCGCAUCGGAAGCCGAAUUUCGCGCCAAGGUGCUCGGUGCUCCCGACUUCGUGGCCGGUAUCGCUGGUGGUAUGGUCGGUGGUAUUGCCCAGGCCUAUGCCACUAUGGGAUUCUGCACCUGCAUGAAGACGGUCGAAAUCACCAAGCACAAGAUGGCUGCGCAAGGUGUCAAGCCCCCCAGUACCUUCGCGACUUUCAUGGACAUCUACCGCAAGGAGGGUAUCCGUGGUAUCAACCGUGGUGUCAAUGCGGUCGCUAUCCGUCAAACUACUAACUGGGGAUCUCGUUUCGGUUUCUCCCGCUUGGCGGAGCAGGCAAUCCGCAAGGUGACCAACAAGGAUGACAGUCAAAAGCUGAACGCUUUUGAGAAGAUUUUGGCUUCAGGUCUGGGUGGUGGUUUGUCGGCUUGGAACCAGCCCAUUGAGGUGAUUCGCGUCGAAAUGCAGAGCAAGACCGAUGACCCCAACCGUCCUAAGAAUUUGACGGUCGGCAAGGCUGCCAAGUACAUCUAUGAGAACAACGGCAUUCGAGGCCUCUACCGUGGUGUGGCUCCUCGAGUGGGACUGGGGAUCUGGCAGACCGUCUGCAUGGUGGCUCUGGGUGACAUGUGAGUUGAGAACCCCUCCCCCAACAAUUUUAUCCUUGUAAUUGCGGGCUAUCUAGACCCACCUCUCGAAUGACCAAUAUCAUCGAGUGGACUACCCCGGCCGGUUCGGCGUACCCCCGGGGUCCCCCAUGUGAAAUUUGUGAUUCUGCCGAGGGAAGACUUAAGGCUAACAUGAUGGGUCUCCGUUGCACCGAACAGGGCCAAGGAGGCAGUCGAAAAACUGACGGGCGAGACUGUCACCGCAAAGCACUAGGGAAGGUUUGAAAUACCCUUCCGCCAUGCGCAUGGUCGGAGAUGACAGGGCUUUAUGCUGGCUUGGUUACUUCGUCUCUGUUGUC